AUGGUCCGCAACCUCGUAAUCCUGGGCGGCAGCAGCCACCCUCAGCUCACCGAGACCAUCUGCAACCAUCUGGGCAUCCCGCCCGCCCAGAUCCUCUUGAGCAAAUUUGCCGUGGGCGAGACGCGUGUGGAAAUCCAAGAGUCGGUGCGCGGCAAGGAUGUCUUCAUCAUUCAGUCGGGUGGAGGCAAGGUCAAUGACCACCUCAUGGAGCUCCUUAUUACUAUCUCUGCCUGCAAGACUGCCUCGGCCAGGCGCGUCACCGCAGUCUUGCCCCUCUUCCCAUACUCUCGCCAGAGCGACAUCCCAUACGAGAAGCGCGGCGCCCCGCUUGCGAAGGGCCCGAGCAACGCCAACCGCCCGGCAAACUACAGCUUCGACAGCGUGCCUGCGACCCCGGCCCCUGGUCGCCCUGAGAGCGUCAGCUUGCCUGGUGGCCAGGACGGCUUGAACAAGCAGCUGAGCCGUCUACAGAUGGACGAACGCCGCAACGGCGCCCCCGACGGCAGCCCAACUAAGGGAGAGAGUAAGGAUGGGCCCGGUCAACCGAGUGCCGAGGAUGAGGCUGACAAGCCAGACUGCGUCGCUCGCGAGCGUGGCACCUCGAAUGCGUCUGCCAACGGAAUUAAUGGCGUUAACGGAGUCGUGUCACAACCGCCCAAGUUUGAGCCCCAGCGCGGCUACAAGCAGUGGGUUGCCCAAGCAGGAACACUGGUCGCGGACCUGUUGACCUGUGCUGGUGCUGACCAUGUCAUCACCAUGGACCUGCACGACCCCCAAUACCAGGGCUUCUUCGACAUUCCCGUUGAUAACCUUUACGGCCGCCAUCUUUUGCGCAAGUACAUCCAGUACCACAUUCCCGACUAUCGGGAGGCUGUCGUUGUCAGUCCGGAUGCUGGUGGAGCUAAGCGGGCAACUGCCAUUGCUGAUGCCCUUGGCAUGCCUUUUGCGCUGAUCCACAAGGAGAGACGCCCUACCCAGAUCACUGACCGGCAGAAUGCAACGAUGAUGCUUGUUGGUGAUGUUGCCGAGCGAACUGCGAUUCUCGUGGACGACUUGGCCGACACAUCAAACACCAUCACCAGGGCCGCAAAACUGCUUAAGAAGGAGGGCGCAACAAAGGUCUAUGCACUCGUCACUCAUGGUAUCCUCAGUGGCGAUGCUAUUGACCGCAUCAACGCCAGCGCAAUCGAUAAGCUUGUCGUCACCAACAGUGUUGAUCAGACGGAGCACCUCGAGCACUGCAGCAAGCUUGAGGUCCUCGAGAUUGGAAAUGUUUUCGCGGAGGCAAUUCGCCGCGUGCACCAUGGCGAGAGUAUCAGUGUGCUUUUCAACUACGAUUAA